AGACGACGUACGUAGUACGCAGAAAUCAGUAAAAUUGAAGUAUUCAUAAAGUCGUUAUUUUUUCAUGAAAUGAUCAAAAUUUAAUAUCGAUCGAUAGGAAAUUUUAUUGUCUUUAAUUUGAGACUACACGUAAGUUCACCCGGACUCGCGAACUAUCGAGAAAAUUGCAUUUUUUACGUGAGAAAUUGUAUGCAUACUUACUAGUCCGUUAUCACUCAGGGAACAAAAUGGCCGAUGCGCUCACCCACUUUAUAUAGAGCCUUACACUGAUUUAUAUUUGUUUUGUUGUAUUCUGAAUUUACUUAUCAGUAGAAUGUAAUGUCAUUUUGUCAGUGAUAACACCUUAACACCGCUUUCAGGUUUCAAUUUAUUCAAAUAUUAAUUAAGUGUUUCUGUUUACGAUUACGAGUAAUUAUUCACACCCCAAGAUGGAGGUGCCAAAAAUAGGGGACGACGUUACAAUUCCUUUCGAAACGUUGAAACAAUUAGCCGCUAAUAAUUUAAUACCCGAGCCACCAUCCCAUGUUGGGAGAGGCAGAAAGAGGAAAUUGUAUACAUUCAAGAUGGACAGAUACAACACCGAUGGAGAAACUAUUCUAGCAAGUCUUACCGAUCCGCAGUUCGAUUACCACGUAGUUUUGAGCAUAAAUUAUUUCACCAAGGCCAAGACCAACAAUAAGACAACUCCUAAAAUGUCAUCACAGUUCAAGAAACGUAAUGUGGCAUUGGCUGCAGGACAAAAUUCAGAAGUCUCAGAAAGUGGUAUCUUGAACGAUCCUACACAGGCGCAACAAAUGAAAGAUCCACUAGAUGGAGCCGUUCCAAGAAUUUUGACAAGCUUCAGUUUACCUGAACCUGAAAAUAUUUCAAGAAUGCCGCCUAAUUUAAAUGCCUCGAAAGUAUCAUUCAGUUUUAAUUCACCACCCGAGAACUCGAGUGGACAAGUGUUGCAAAUGGCCAUUUCUCUGGCUGAGUCGAAAGUGAUACACUACGAAAAUUUGGCAAAUAAUGCCAAGAACCAACUCUUGAGAUUGAAAGAGAAAUAUAUUGAAGAUGAUCCUGACGACAUGAUAGGAACGAUGAAAGAGAUACAAAUUAAAGAAUUAGCCGAAAAAUAUUCCAAAAAGAUGUUGGAUAUUUUUAACGAUGAGCCAGUCAUGUCUUACGAAUUUCGCAAUAUAAAGGACGACAAAUAUCCAGCUUUAGAUUUUACGAUGGUACAACGUUUGCCCCUAAUUAUUACGUUUGAGAAAAAUGCCGAGUACGAGCAAGCCUUUGAGGAGUAUAUGAAGGGAACCUCGAUUUUCAAUUUAUUGGAUGGUAGACGCGUUUAUGGUUCAUUGAAAGUUCCAAUUUGGGAAUCAAACAGAAUAAGCUCUGACAAGCCAGCAAUGUUGAAAGGCGCCGAGAGUGUGAUAAGAUUUGCCUUACCAUUCAAGAAUUCUGCCGUACUGAUGUAUGCUUGUCGAGGUUUUAGUUGCCCAUUUUAUCGGCCGAAUCGCCGAAUUGUUCGACAACACGAGAUAGCCACUGGACAUUUCAUUGAACAAGAAAAAGGACCACAGAAAGGAAGUCCAUCGAAGAACAAUAACGCACUCGCAGUAUCUAUCAAUAAACAAGAGGUUAAGCGUGAAUACCGAUAUUCGUCCGACGAUUCAGUGGUCGAAACUGAAGUUACGCACGCCCGAGAAAUAACCGUUACAAAAAAUCGUCGAAGAUCGAAAAAAAGAGCAUCCGAAUAUACCGAAUCUGCUCAACAUGGAAAAAUAAAACGCGAAGGAAACCUGCGCUCGUCUUCUGAAGACUCCCUCAUCGAAGUCGGUGUUUACCAACUGGACAAACGUGGCCGAAAGAGACCAUAUGAGAGACCAAAAGUAUCUACGAAUAAGCCAAAGCAAGAAAUGAAGAACGAAGCAUAUUCAUCCGACGAUUCCGUAAUUGAAGUUGGAAUAAUACGGCCGGAUGAAAAUAGGCUUUAGAAAGCUGAUUCUAGUAGAUGAAAUGAGCUCGUUGAAUUGAAUAAAAUUCAGAAUUUUUUUAACAAAAGGUCAAUCGCUAAUUCAUGACGACUCGUUUAUAAGAAUAUUUUAUUUUACUUAAUUAAUUGUGAUCAGUUUGCAGAUGUAUCGACGAUAUAGGUGCAUCUGGCAACGAAAUACAGGGUGGUCCACAUCAAAUCAUUCUGUUGAAGGUGGCUUUCGAAUUUUCGCUGAAAAUAUUUGGCAAUAAAAUCUACCAAUAAAAAAUCAAUUCCAUUCUUGAGAAGGAAAUAACACGUUGGGUAAAAUUUUAAGGAAAAUUCUCUUUCGAUCAAGCUAUGCUUGAUGCAAAAAUUUUUGUCCGAGUUGAGACACCUCUCCCUUGUAAGCGAAAAAAUAUGUACUAGGAAAUCAAUUAAGGUGUGCGCAUAUGUUUUUAGAACCUCACAAAUGGGCCACUCUGUAAAUUUCUCAACCCACCUCCCUCUUGUGUUCUUUUUGAAAUUUUGGCAAAUCGUUGGAUUCUGCCUGCCCUUGAAUUUUUUCCUGCUCUGGUGUUUGAGCGCUUUCCUCCCCUCCCCCUUUCUUCGAACUGAUCUCGGUUAAUGGUUUUAAGUUAAUUAUGCGUAAGAGCAUAAUAUUUUGAGUUGUUUUUCAUAAUUAUUAUAUUUUUUGUUUUGUAUUCAUUAAUUUUUGAUAUAAACAUAAAUAUUUUUCUAUUGAAAAA